UAGCUCUCUAACCUUCUCUCUCCACUUUCCUUCUUCCUACAGAUAAGUGGGUAUUGGACCUUGCUCUGAGAACCAACACAAUGGCCGUAUUCCCAGUGUUGCUGUUUCUGGCUCCUGUGUUGCUCCCAUUCUUUCCUGCAAAUGGAGAGGAUCCAGAUUUUAAUACAUUGAAAACCACCAGAAACGAAGUACAAAGAGAGAUUGUAAAUAAACACAAUGACCUGAGGAGAGCAGUCUCACCACCUGCCAGCAACAUGCUGAAGAUGAAAUGGGACAGCCAGGCAGCAGCAAAUGCCCAAGAGUGGGCAAACAAGUGCCUUUACAAACACAGUACGGAUCGAAAAAUUGGUACAAGCAGCUGUGGCGAGAAUCUCUUUAUGUCAAGUCACCCUACUUCAUGGUCAUAUGCAAUCCAAAGUUGGUAUGAUGAGAACCGUGACUUUAUCUAUGGCGUAGGUCCAAAGAACCCCGAAGCAGUGGUUGGACAUUAUACCCAGGUUGCUUGGUACUCAUCUUUCCGAGUUGGAUGUGGAAUUGCCCAUUGUCCCGGUGAAAAUAAACUACAGUACUACUAUGUUUGCCAAUAUUGUCCUGCUGGUAAUAUAAUUAGCAGAGAAAAUACCCCCUACCUGGAAGGAACACCUUGUGCCAGAUGCCCUAAUGACUGUGUCAAUGGACUAUGCACCAAUAGUUGUGACUAUGAAGAUGCUUAUAGCAACUGUAAACAGUUGAAAGACCAAGUGGGCUGUAAAGAUUCUAUCACCAAGGACAAUUGCAAGGCUUCCUGCAAUUGCCCAGAUAAAAUUUAUUAAAUGCUCAAUACAGACUGAGCAUGAUGAAGUAGCAGAUAGCCACAGCAUCUAUUUACAUUUGACAUUUAUUAGCAAAGAAAUCAUAGAUGUGUUAGCUAUAAAUUUGAUUCCAAAUAAAUUUGAUUCCAAUGUC